CCUCUACGCAUCCGGCAAAACAACUAUUACCCUAAAAGACCAUUUCCCUCCAGCGCUUGGAAACGUACCGGUACCCGAAAGACAUUGAAAUUCUGGGAUGGAAGAGAAGAGGAUAUUGGCAUUUCGAUGAACUGACUGGGAGGACCCCAAAACGCCCAAAAUGGUACUAUCUUCCUGAGGCAGUGGGCAGCACCUGUCAAUUGCUUAGCUGGAAACAGCGUGGUCAGACGCAGUGCCAGACCCCAUACGGCAUUCCAGAGCACACCGCCACCCCUUUUGCGUUGACCACUAUGUCGGGCCAGCUGUGCUUCCUGACCCGCCACGGACCCUUCGGCGAAAGUCUGGACGAAGAGGUAACCUUCCAGACCUGGCAGGAAGAGAGCGGGGAGGAAACCGGCAACCCGUGUGGCCUGGUUAAUGCUGCCUUCCAGCCAGAUGUGCUGGACGAGCGACAGGAUCUCCUCGCGUCUCAACCAGCCAGUGGCCUCCGACAACUGAGCAACGGCAGGCCGAAGACGUUCCGAUGGCAACAGAGCCCCAACGAAAGCAGCUCCUCAUCGGAGGGGAGUUUCAGUAGCAGUCAGGAGUCACUGACUGAGGUGGCCCCCUUGGGUCAACCCUGGCGUGCCCUGGGCCACAUCUUCAACAGUACUAUCAUCAGCAUCGUCAUUUUGAUCCUCGUCUCGGCCGCAUCAAUGACCCUUGCUGGGGUCAGUGUGUUCGUGGUCGGUCCCACGCCAUACUUCGAUAAGUCCCUGAAUGCUUUUCAGAUCCCCAACCACAUCUCAACCCGGCGGCAGCUGGCCUUUGAAGCUGCCCGGAAGGACGACUUCCACAACCUGAAUAAACGGAGUGUGGACAUGUUCCAAACCUGGCAUGCGGAGGAUGACUUUAUAUUCAAAUCUCCCCUACACCAAACCAGAUUUGACACCGAGGGACUCUCUGGUGUCAUUGGUGUUCAGAAUGCCCUGCCCAGCAAAGAGACUUCGAACAGUGUGGUAUUUCAGAGUGUAAAAACCCAUAGCAGAGACUUUGCAGCCACAAAGAGGCAUCGUCGGGAAAUCCGCAAGGGGCAAACAAAUCACGGUCGCAGCCGCAGAGUAGCGAACCGACCUCGGUCCCAGACGUGGAGGAUGCAGCUCAUUUACAUGGCCAAGGGAAAUGACAAGAACAUCUUCACCAAGGAGCGUCUCCAGACAAUACGCGAGGUGGAGCUGACCGUCAUGAGGCAUCCCCGAUUCACCGAUUUCUGCUCCCGCAAUGCGGCCUCGUACCGUGACCCGGCCCUGGAAACCUUCAAGUACUGCUCCCCUCCGAUCUCACUCAUGAGCUAUUUCUAUCCCUCCGUCAGCAACGGAAAGGUUGUGUAUGACGGCAUGGGCGACAAUCUUGCUGACAUUAAUGGUACGCUGGCACUCGCACAGUCCAAGAAAGGGAAGAAAUUCUACUGGUUUGUGGAUAACCACAUGAUCAGUAGCAGUCGAAGGAGCACGUUCCUACGCAGCGAGUUCUGGUUCGGAGUACCAUUCGGGGAGGCCUCCACCCCACAGAGUGACGAAGCCAAUUCUCAGAUUUUCAAAGAUUUUUUGGUGACGUAUAUCGAUGUCCUGGAAAAGGCCUCAACUGACAAAGUGCGAGUCUUGUACGGCGGCACACAGCUGUUUGACUACCAGGUAGCCGAAACGAUCUCCCACGACUUGCGCCUCUGCAUACCAACCGGCAUCACCAUCUUCAUCCUUCUCUUUGUCCUCACCUCGUUCUCCCUUUGGUUGACGUUCUGGGGCUUCGUCAGCAUCCUUUUCAGUUUCGCCUGGGCCUACUUCAUCUACCAUGUGGCCUUCGGCAAGGUGGCCCUGGGCUUGCUCAACCUUGUCUCAGGGUUUGUCAUCAUCGGAAUUGGCGUGGAUGACGUGUUCGUCUUUGUCAAUACAUUCCUGCAAGCCGACCACUACAAGGAUCCCGUACAGCGCAUGGCCCACACCGUGAAGACCGCCGGCAUUGCUACCUUCUUCACGUCUUUCACUACAGCCGGGGCCUUUGCCGCCAAUAUCGCCUCACAGAUCCCAGCUAUCAACGAUUUUGGCCUCUUCAUGUGUCUCAUUGUCACAUUCUGCUGGAUCCUUGUCAUGCUUGUCAUGCCAUGCGCCCUCACCCUGUGGCAGCGUUGUUUUCACUGCGAAGCUGCCCUAUUCCGCCUCUGUAUGAGACGUUCCCGUGACCCAGCAGCAGGCAUGGCCCGACUCUCGCACUUCCUGGACCAGCACGAGAGGCAGCUGUCAGGCGAGACGUCGCCGAGCGAGACCAGCCUAGCACCAGGGGCAGACGUCAGCGGCCAGGAGGGAUCACGCGGAGAGAACGGCGACAUCCCUAUGUUGGACUUGGAGGAGGAGGCCAACAUUCAGCACCUCCUGACCGAUGAUGACGACGAUCCUCUCAUUCUGACCAAUGACGAUGACUACCGCCAACCAGCCACCCGUCCUGCUGCACGCCCCGCCCCCAAGCAGGCCCGCAGCAUCACCAAGGCGCUGCAGGUGUUCUUGAACCGAUUCGUAGCCACACCCAUCAUUAAGGGCCGCUGCAUAGUUAUCAUGGUUUACACCGGGAUCUUCGUCAUCUCCCUUGUCCUGGUCAUUCACAUCAAGCCGGCCGCCCGCCCCCCGGCACUCUACGACGAGCAGACGAACCUCCAGCAGCUCAUCGACUUGGCCUACAACUUCUCCGGCAAGGAUAUCACCUGCAAGACGUGCUCGGGGCUCUCGACUGAGGGAGGCCACGCCCCCCAGCCGGUCCCCGGAGGGCCCGUCACCUUACCCAUUUUGCCCUUGCCGACCAGACCCCCAGCCGGGGGAGGCCAACAUACCGUGACGCACUCCCAGGGGCUUCCGCCAACUCGUCCGCCUUCGGUGACCUCUGACCCCGUGGAACCCUCACAGCCUUUGGUCCACACCAAACCCCCUGAUGUCCAUCAUGAACCCACACAAGGCUCUCGUCCUCCGCAGGCCACCAGUACAACCACACCUGUUGUCAGGCAAACCUGCAUCAAUCGAGACCCACCCUGUGGGUUUCAUAGCACGUGCAUCGACUCCACUCCCCCUGGGAGCCCCGUCUGUCGCUGUAUCUUCUCAUGCUCCGAUGUGGAGGAGCCGGUGUGCGGGUCCGACGGUCAGACCUACAAGAACAUCUGCUUCUUGAACAAGACGUCCUGUGAGAGGCGUCAGAUCAUCGAGAUGGUUUACGCAAGGCACUGCUUUGAUCCGCACACUAGCAGCAGUGGUGGGGGUGGUGGUGGGACUGGGGGUGGAAGUGGAGGCGGGAGUCAAGGGUCAAAUACUGUCAAACCCGGUGGGGGUGGCAGUGGUAGCGCCGAUUCUCCUGAGACAGGGUACAACCCCUGCCCUAAAGGCUCCUGCGGUAAGCCCGCCAAGCGUCCGGUGUUGGACAACACGGCCCUCGUGUACGUGGUGUUUGGAAUCGACCACUUUGUGCCGAGUAACACGUCGCAGGAGCAUGUCCUGGAGGAGGUCAACAAGGGUGGAGUGAUGUAUGAUCAUGACUUCGAUUUUGAGAAGCCGGAGACUAUGAAAGCCCUAUGUAAAAUCUGCAAGAACAUCGCGGCAAGAACUGAGCUGGUCAUUGAGGGCGGUGCUCAGUGUGUCCCGUCAGGAUUUUCUUCAACCUUAAUGGAGAAGCUAGCUCUGCUCUAUGAAGACUGCAGGAACCUGCCAGCCUCCAGCACCGGGUCGCAGGCACUUUUCGCCGUGCACAACCAGAAGGUUGUCUGGUUUGCCAUGGCCUUUAAAUCGACUAUCUUCAAGGGCAAGUCCUCCUUUGCCGCGUACAGGGACUACAAUGCUUGGGAGACGGCCAUUCAGGAGGAGAAGGACGCCCUCACUGAAGACGAACAAGCCGGCCUGAUGACGAUGUUUCAGACCAGCGACUACUGGAAGCAGAUAUUUAUGGAGAUAGUCGGAGUAACCAGUGCAAUAUACGGCGUUGCCUUCUCCCUGUUGGUGUGUGUGAUAGCUGUGGUCAUAUUCACAGCUCAUAUAGGUGUUCUCCUCAUAGCAUUCCUCACAAUAGGCGGCGUGAUCAUGGUCGUCGUUAGCAUGUUCUUCCUCCUGGGCUGGGAGAUGGGUGCCGUGGAGGCAGUGUCCCUCUCCAUCAUAGUGGGCUCCUCCAUCGAUUACUGCAUCCAUCUAAUUGAGGGCUACCUGGUGGCGGGAGACAGGGUGCCAGACGCCACUCACAAGUCGGCCGCGCAGAUCCGCCGCUGGCGCACGCGGCACUCAGUUAGCACCAUCGGCGUGUCCAUCCUAAGCAGUGCACUGACCACGGUCAUCGCCACGGUACCGCUCUGCUACACCACCAUUCAGCUCUUUGCCAAGUUCGGCAAGAUCGUGGCCAUGAACACGUUUGUGUCCAUCCUCUACACCCUGACAGCCUGCACGGCCUUCCUCAGCCUGGCCGGCCCCGCCCGCUAUCGCUGGAACCUCAAGUGGUUCAUCUUCAGCGCGUUCGUCCUGUGUUGCCUCAUUGGGGGCGUGGUCGGUAUCCUCUACGCUCUGCACACCACGGGCGUCUCCAUACCUGGCCCCUCUGGAAACCCCUUAUUUUAAAUCAAGUGUAGCUGCAUUGGGAUUAUAAAAAAAAGCCACAAUGCUGCCUUUUCUGUGUAUUUGUUUAUAGACUGGUUGGCUUUUCCAGUUGGAUUCAUUACAAAUAGUGUGUUCUACUCUUGGUCUGUGUAAAUUUGCAUAUUUGUGAAACAUUGAUUUGAACGCACAAAGUCUUUUUCAUAUUAAGAACUGAUCUGGUUGGUCCUGAAAUUCAAAAGUUGACUGGUUGACAUUUUGUAUUCUUUGAUGAGCAUAGGGUUUAGGUGAAUGCGCUUGCAAAACCUGAUCAUGGGUAAAAACAGCUGGGUAAAUAUGCCAGUUAUUGAGUUUUUGCCUUUCCUUUCAGAAUGCUGCCCAAAACAAGGGUUCUUUGGUUGUAUGGCUAAAGUGCUUUGCAUAGCGCCCUCAAGGGGCAGAGGAAAAAAGCGGGGAAAAAGUACCUGUGAUACAGAACAACAUUAUCGAGCCAGUCCUCCGUCUUUAACAAUUUCAUAAUGUUUGAGGGAUUCAAGAUUCUGUUCACAUGUGAGGUUCCUUGCAGCUACACUCUUUGGAUAAAAAUCAAAGUUAGAGGGGUUUUGAGGGCCCAGGAAAUUCUUCAAGUAAUCUUUACCAGGAAUGGUUCAUAGAGGUAUGUUACGCAUACUUUUUGCCAAGAAUGCUAUCGUGUUUCUUACUUUUGAUAAAUUUUUAGAGGUGGCCAGAGCCUUUUUUGGUGAAGUGGCAGAACAAAUUUAACUUGGAAUCUGAAAUAGUUUGACAUCGGAGUUGUUGCACCAAUGUCGAAUUUGAUGGCGGCAGUUUUACGUCUGCGUCAGAAUUUGUGGGUUUCUGUCCCAUGGAAUUCUGGGAUGCACGCAUUUGAAAUCUAUUUGAAAAAAAACAAUCGCAGUGUUUCUGCCACUAGAAGUGUGAAAAUCAUGCUGUUAAUUGAUUGAUGUUAUGCAUAAAUCCUGUAUGUCUGAACACAAAUCAGUGUGAGUACUGAAUUUGCACCGUUGUCACUGGGAUAUUGAAUUAUGAAACUCUAAGAGUUGCGAUUCAACACCCAGAGUAGAAUUUACAUUAUCCAUAGUUAUAUGUAUAUGUGUGACGGGCGUCACCUAGCCAGUUGGAGUGGGCGUGGCCGAAAAUAAUCAAUGGUAUUUGGGGGGAAAAAGAAAGCCAGGAAAAAAAUGGAAGUUCUGCUUCACUACCCUUGCAGGAAUGUUUGGGUGAAAGCUGCAUAUUAUCUAACUCAAGGGGGCGCUGUCCAGGGUAGACAAAACCUUUAUGCCUCCAGUGGCAUAUAUAUGAUUUUGCCGACAAGGAAGACAGGUCCAUUCCGUUCGUGAUACCAGCAUCCUGUAAGAUGUAUUUGUGUUAAUAGUCUUUUGUUUGGGCACUUUGUGUGUUGAUGUAAACAAAGUCUAUGUGUUGUCAUUUGCUUUCGUUUAGAGAAAUCUUUUAUUUUUUUUGUUUAAUAUUCAUACGUGUUGUCUUUUUUAAAAUGUAUUACUGACCAUGCACAAUGCAUUACAGGUGUGUUGUAAAGUCGUAUAUGCUCUCUUUUAAAGGGAUUAUACAAAUUGUUUUAUUUCAUAUUCUAUAAUAAUGAUUGUGCCUUGGAAAAGGCACAAUACCCUUUCUUUGCCACUCUUUGCAAGAGUUUAAAAGAGGUUUUCUUAUCGAUUAGAUGCAGCUAGCUUGUGUUUGUGUCGUGUUGGAUACGUUUACACAGCACGGCUGGAUUCUUGAGGCGCGUUAGUGCUCCAAUGCUCAGGUAGCUUCGCCGGGGAGGGGGUGAUUCUUGCUGCGGGUUGCCGCGGUGAUGAUUUACAGCGAUAUCACUGCUGGAAACUCUGGUAUAGGCAAAAAUGACCACAUACAUAGUUAGCAAAGUGCCAUCAGGCAAGACGAGAAAAUCUCUCUUAGAAAAAAAGCAACUCAUGGUUUAAAGGCAAAUAUCUAAUUUAUUGUGCAUAUAGAGGCUACACAUGAAAAUACAUUCAUAUGUAGCAUAUUCGUUAAGAUUUGAGGAGUAUUUUGCCAUCCUCGACUUUGAAGAAUACCUUAGUUCGUUUUGGUUUGCUGGAUUUGAGCCAGCCAGUCACCACUGGCAAGUUAGGUGGCUGUAUAGUAAAAAUACUUGAACUUCCACUUUGCAGGUGAGAGGUUCAAAUUCUACUUUUUUUCCCUUCAUUUUUUCACUUCAUUGUUUGGUUUCUGAAUACUUGCUAAUGAUUGUUCUGUAAAAAUAGCCAAUCAGAGGUGAGACACAGCCAUUUUAGCUGAGGGACCAUACUUCACUGAUACCCAUCAUUUCUGGAAUGUAAUUGACUGCGCUUAAUCAGACGCACGUGAAUCAGCAACAGUCUUGUUUAGCUUCCACGUUCUUGCUUCAUUGCUGCUGAACAGCCAGGUGUGUGUGCUGCCCUCAACCAGUCAUGCCCAGUUUGAAUGAAAUGUGCACGUGGUUCCUCCAUGGUUAGAUUUCUGGCUUGUCUUCAUCUUGAGUCUUCCUGUUGUGCAUGCGUGGCGACGACAGCGUGGCAGUCUUGCACUUACCGAGUGUGACCUUGAGGUUUCAAAUAGGUCUUUCCAGAGGGUCUGCCUCUCGUAAUUUGAGUGGCCAAAAACUGUUUCGACAGAGAUGCGUCAAAAGAUACCAGCAAAGCUCCCGGAAAUGGCUCUCUGGCGGUUCCACCAACUCUGAGUUAAAAAAAACCAAAAACCCUGCCAGAUCGCCACUUGCAAAUAUUAGUAAUCAGAAUAAUCCGGGAAGUUACAUAAAUUGAUGACACAUUCGGCUCUCUUUCCCUCCGCAAGCCACCUGAUGGUCUCGAUCUGAGACUGUGGAUAUUUCGUGGGAACAUCUCGAGUGUGCCAUCUUCCACAAAUCCUAUCAUAGUUUCUCUGCUUACCCUGAUUUUCGUUUCUGUAGAUUUAUCUGUGCUUCACCUUCCAUCUUCCCCUUCCCUAACAAUGUUUGCGUUGCAGCCUCAAAGAAAUAUGGGAUGUCAUGGUCAACCAUCUCGAAGUUAAGGUAUUAGCCUAUCAACGUUGAUUUGUGUCAGCGACUUGGAUGAAUGAUGGUGGGAAGUUCCUUUAAUCUCUGGGAUUUCGGAAAUCUGAACAGGGGUGUGAGAAUUCAGCUUUUUAGCUUAUUUUGAGCUUUUUUGUGCAGAUGUUCACCCUGAAUUUCAGCUUUUUGCUAUAGCUGUUUUCAGCUUUAAUUUUAGGUGGCCAAACACCCCUGUUUGAAGAGGCUGACUUCGACAGCCUCUUCAGGAAUUAGAUGCCCACGUACGUGCAUAGAUCAUGGCUUUACUUCACUCUUUUCGUCCAGCAGUGUUCAACUUAAGCUCAAGAAAUCCUUUUUUCUUGAUCGUCUUUGAAUUCCUUUUAUGCCUGUUGAUCUGUUGACAUGGUUAAUCGUUACCCACUCUUACCUUCAAUACCUUGACCAGAAGUUACACCCAGAUGCCAACCUUUGCCUGUUUUGACGUUUGUCAAAUUCCUCACACUCUGACAACGCCAGCAGCAAUCGCGAAGAGAUGACUCAUAGUCGCGUUCAUGAGUCCGCCCCAAAGCCCCCUCGCCGCUCAAACUCAAUCAUUCUUAAUGCCAUCAAACUAUUACCGUUUUCAACCGUGAUGGAUGUUUUGGCUUUUUUUCCAAGCGUUUUUGUCCGUUUUAUGCGAGGUAACAACAUUCAUCUCCAGUGACAUGAAAAAAAAAUGUUAGGAUUUCUCUCCUGUGGUUCGUUUUUAUUCAACGGAAUAAUUCAUCUUUAUCAUAAACGCGGGCCUUGCAGUACCCGGGGGAUACAUGACCAUCUUCUUUCAGGUUUUGACAGGGACAUGCUCGUUUGAAUAUUGAAAACACAUUCAGGGUUUCGAUGAAACUGAUCGCGAAGUGUCGCAGUUUGUUAGCGCGUUUGCCAGCAAUCCCCACUCUUGUAUAUUCGCCAAGGUCAAAGAAAGUUUCGGGGGAGGAGUGUUCAAAAACAUUCAGCUUUGGGCUUUCAGCAAUUCUGUCAUGUUGCAGAACUGGCCACACUGGGGGAAUUAAUGGGGCGGAAGUGUUGUCCGACGAGUUGGACAGACACGUCGCCUUCGGUUGGAACUUGGCCGUGUCAUGGCGUUACCUGGACGGAUUAGUAAACCACGCGAUCCCAGCCAUUUCAUUCUGCUCUUGCAUAGCUAGAAAUUAUGUUUGUGGUCUUUACAGUGAAUUUUGUUGCGGUUCUGAAAUGUACCAGGACUCACGUUGCGUGUACAGAUUUUUGGUUAAUUUUUUUAAUUGGAGGUUCGGGCAUGGUUUUUUAUACGCUAAUUUGAGUUUCAUGACAAAACAGUGACGUCAUCUUGUGCGGAAGGCUUGUGUUUUGCAGCGGCCUAGUCGCUAAAGGUUGCCAGAAUAUACCCCGCCCUCUAUUGUAAAGGUCAGCUUGGAACUUUUUUUAUGUCGGGAAAAAAUACAUUCAGAUAACACUGAAACACCAAACAGUAGAGUGUCGUUUUCAUGCGGCUGCAAUUCACCUUAAUGGCUGUUUGCACAAAAUAAUAUUUUGGUGUUUAAAUUUUUUGUAAAGGCAUACCAUGGAGCCCUUUAAGUGGAACAGGAAACGUACACAAAUAAAUAAGAGACGUUGUCGUGCCAAGUUUGAAUUAGCCGUUUCCCCUUGUGGCCGGGACCUUGGUCGGUCCUGUGCGUGCUUGGCCGGCCCCCACAGCUGAAAGCGCCAGAAAGCACCGCUCCAACAUUUCUAUUUCCGUCUUGUCAUCAAUUAAUUACGAAUCUUUUUUUGCUGGAGUGAUUUGCCAAAAAUAUUUUCCCCGUUUCUCCCCUCCCCCCUCUCCCCUUUCCUGACCUUCCCCUCGUCUGUCACUCGCCUCGGCUCAAAAAAAAUCUUGAAGAGCCCUGUGACACUUCAUUCAUCCUUGGAGUUUUCUUCCAUGCCCACCUUGUCUUAUCUCUUUCGUUAUAGUCAGCUUUCUGUCGCUGAUGUAACUGCUGUCUCGUCCCGUACAUUGUACUUUCAAUUGUCCAAAAUUGAACAUUUCAUUCCUUGCUUGAUACAGAUUUCUGGCUGUGUGCGGCCUCUCCUGGAACCCGAAAUGUUUGUUAAAUGCUCAUAUCAUACCAAUUUGUGACUUUAAUUCAAAAGCCCGAUUUUACCUGUCAGUGAGGGGAAUAGGUUCCACGCGUGCAUACAAUUUCAAGGUUUGUCUGACGUUUUAUUCUACAAAGUCAGUUUCCAUUUAAAAUAAAAAGUGAUUGGUAAGUUCCCCACUUGUUUACUGCAAACGGAGAUAACACUGAUUGAAAAUGAUUGACGACCAAAAGAGACAGCUCUUUGAUUUCGGUCAGCGAUACAGCCUGCAUAUCCGUUCACAAGCUACGUUUUGGCGCGUGAAAGACAUUAACGAAAAAAUGUUAACCUUUGUCGAAACAUUGCCAACGCGAACCGUACAGUGUGCUUCAAGCGUCUUGCCACUUGUAUCGUUUCAGACGAGUCUCCAGCCUUGCCGCCAUUUGGAACCAGACCCGAGGAACCUAAUUCAUUCCCCAGACAAAAAGCUCACAAAAGAAACCGAAUUCUCUCCAUCCAUGUUCCAUCCCAAAGAUCUAACCCUACCUGGUCCCAACACCUGUUCACUUAUCCCCGGCUCAAGUUCUCAACGACCAAAAACGCUUGCGCGCGCACUUGCUGUUAGUCUCCGUGCAAGACGCUACACUUAGUAAUCGUUGCACACCAGCAAAUAAGCUGCCAUAGACAGAAGUGACAGAUAGCCACACGUCAGAAAAGCAGGAGAACCACUCACAAGCUUCUCAAAUGUUCAAGACACAUAUUAAAAAAUUUAAUCUAGCUCCAUAUCUUUCAUUGUCUUUUCAAUUUUUAGUGGGUUUACGAAUGAUUUUGAAGAUAUUUCUCACGGCCUCGGGGUAGAAAUGUUGUGCAUCCCGUCGCUGUUUUUAAAUUAUUGCCUGCACUUCAUUGGAAAAGAGAGCGAUUGCAGGGCUCCGUUUUGUUAUUUUUCUUCAGAAAUACAAGCUGAUAGUCCUGCUGGUCGCUUCAACCCUUCUUUUCAGUCAACCAUCCCUUCCACGCGCCACAAAAUGCUCAAAUAGCAGAGAAUUCGGGCGAUUCUGUCGACCCUUUCCUGACGCGCAUUGGGUUGACAGAUUUCGCGCAUUGUGAUUGGCCAACGCGCUACAAACUCGUGGAGGACUGUUGUGAAACGCCCAUAUUUGGCAGGCUACAAAUCUCGAUUUGGUCGGCACUGGCAAGUUUGAGUCUAUUUUCUGGCCUGCAACCUAUAAUGGAUCACAGGUCAUCGCCGAAACAAUGCAAUCUCAGAAGAGCCACUACAUGCCCUGUGAUAACGGUGUCCUUUGGCGAUGAGCCGUGAGCCAUUUCAACCAGGAGCGUCUUGCACCGAGACUAACGCACAGGCCAAGGCGAGAAAAGAACAGCUCGACCCUAAUUCAACUGGAGUCUUUAUUACUGUGUGUUCUAUCUCUUAAGCUGGUAACGGGGGGUAGCUGCCGGGAAAUCAUUCAUUACGUCAACUUGGGUUCUGGGAUGCCGUCUGUUCUCCAUGUUAUAUCACGGAGAGUGUAUCAAUGAACUGUGCCUUCCAUUUUGUGUGAUAUGCCGAGCUUAAACAUGCGUAACAGGUGGGAAAUUACCUACCCGCGGUAGUGAUUUGAACCGUCCGCGAGUGUAUCUGCAAAUGUUGUGUGUUUUUCUCCAUUUUCAAGCUUUUCUGUGUUUUCUUCAUUUUUUACCCUUUUCUUAUUAAUUCAGCGGUGGACGUGUUUAAAGCGGCCAUUCCUUGUUUGUGGUUGAGACUGUAUGAACAGCAUUCUAAUAUAUUGCGCAACACACGCUCAGUCUGGGGUAUUCACAAUGGUCAGUUUCGUAUCCUCGGAAAUCCUAUUUUAAGUUCACGUUUUCUUCCAUAUUUGCUCAUUGGAAACAUUGUUGAGAAACUUUACCUUUACCUCCUGUCUUGAACUGAAACAACCACCAAAGGAAAGAAAUUCAAAAAGUCUAGAAAUAUAUAAAAUCCUUGGGAAAUAUUGGUUGUGAAAUAAAUAAUAAAAGUUUCUUCGUGGAGUGACGUUACACGUUUGCUAAUGAAUAUGCAGAUUUAUAUCAAGCUGAAGGUAAAACAAACAGGAACUCAAGUGCGGUCAAAAUACCUAAUGAUUAUUUAAAAUAGGGUUACAUGGGACUCAGAAGGUGCAUUUAAUAUGACUUUAUUACAAAGAAUUAAUGAUAUGGACAGCUGGACAACCUUUAAUUGUUCGUUCACUGGGACACCCGAACCCUUGUGCACGAUCCUGUAAUUUACCCUCUUUCAACGCCUUGAAGUGUAGCUGCAAGGAAUUUUUCCCUUCCCUGCUUGGUUAAAUGCAUUGAAAGGGCACUUUUUAAUUAUUUGAAAUUGCCCAUGCUUCCCUGGGCAACUGUUUGUGUUAUGUUACUGUUAUGUCAUCCAGGGGAGACGUGGUCCGUGUGUGUUGGUUUUUCCGUUAAAAUUGUGAAUCCAGACUUUUCUUAUUUGAAACAUUUAAUUGUACAGCAGUGAAUCAGAAAAGGGGAAACUUAAGCCAGUACAACAAUAAAAAUGAAGGGUUUCGAAUAUAUAUCAAUGCAACACUAAGGUGCUCUUCCUGGGAUGACAUUACAGUUUUGCUUAUGAAUGUGAAAACAGUCAUCAACUGAAAACAAGGCAGCAAAAUCCCCUUUGAAGUAGUAAAACAAACAUUGAAAAUAAGGUUAACUGAGACACGAAAGUGGACUUUUGGAAGUUUUUAUUUAUAAAGGGGGGGGAGGCAUUGCGGCUACCCUUUAAGUAUCGGGGCAGGUGUGACAGAUGUAGGUUGCACGCUAACAAGGUUGCCGGCGUGGUUCUUAAGUCCAGGGGGAUAAAAGCGUCCGAGGGACCGGGAUUAGGACGUCGUCCCGCGCGGUAAGAUCACUUGGCGUUCGGGCUAAUCGCUUGCAACAUCUGAAGGACAAAUUAGCGGAGUCACUGUACUGUCUAAUAAGUGCAGGUCUGCUCUGAAAGCCAAGCUCCGUUGAAAAAAAAUAAGGGAAUUCCUAAUUAAGCACAAGCGGUUCAAGAACUUGACUUUAAUUCCCUCAGAUUUUUUAUGGAGUGUUCUAUUUUUUAACUCCAGAUGAAUGAUAAAAAUGACUUAUUCUGAGCAUUGAGUCACGAUUGUAGCGGAAAACUUGAUUACCCCGACGACAUUUGAUUUAUACGUUGUAGUUUUUUUCCAUAUACUUCGCCGGUUCGUCCAGAAUAACCAGACAUGAGUUAUGUUUGCAAUGACCGCAACGUAUGGGCGGGCACGUUUGCUGGCUAUGGGUGGGCGGACCGUCAUGGAGCGAACAUAUGCCUUAACCCGGGGAUAUGAACCGCGGGAAGACGCUUUGGCUUUGUGCGCAUUCGGAUAAAAAUCAGUUGUGAGUAUGCCGUGUCUAAACUCGCCAACUGCUGCCCACACACGGAAAAAAGGUGUCUUAUUCAAACCAUGCAGUGCUAGCGCAACCCAGAGUCCCUAGUAAAACCAAUAUACCAGUAAAGUCGAGCCCGAGGAGCGUUCGGAGUCUGUGAAAAUGCAGUGUAUCAAAAAAAAGGAGAUUUCUGUUCUCCUCUGACUCCUCUUUUAUUGUUCAUGUAUAUUAAACAAAAAUUGAUACAUCCUUUCCCCUCCCUUGUCUGUCGCAUUCCCAAAUGCUAGACGGCCGCAUAUCGGUCCAUGAUCCAUAUUCGACGAUCAUUUCCAUCCGAUCUAAGGCGUGACCCUGCAACGCUCCGGUUAUCGCGAGCGCAGCAGCGGCAGGAUUUUUAAUGUGCUAACCGAUCUGGAUAAAUCAACGAAGUGCGGGCUUGCUUCCUCUCAUUACAGCGGGCACUUCUCUCCAAGGGCGCCGGGCACCGGUAACAGGUCUGACACAUUGUCCGUCGAAGGAUGUUGCUCUAAUUGUAUGGACCAUUCACAGCCUCUGCUCAAUCUUAUUCCCCUCUCUUUAUGGGAUUAAACAAUGAGUGAUUCUCGUCUCCUGCUUUCCUUAUCACAGUCGUAGCCUGGGUAGAAUUUCUUGUGGUGCUGGGUCCGUAACCUUUUCUGGAGUUUCUUGCAUGUUUCCUGCCGUCAAGAGUUGUUUUUCUCUUGCCUUCCAAACUUUGUAAUGUGAUUAGGAUGUUACUCAAUCGGCUAAAUUGUGGGACGCGCUAGACUCGAGCUAGUCCCAGCAACCGUUUGGAGCGGCAGCGGUGACACCGCGCCACUUUUAAGGUCUAGCUCUUUCUUUUAAACGAGACGUGUUGAAGUCUAGCAAAACAUCACCAUGACAACAACCUCAUUCGUGUUUUCCCCGUCUCCUAGGUUGCUGUGUAAUCUUCCGCAGUAACGCAGGUCUUACAUUUUAUUAUCGUCAUCAAAUGAAGCUCUCUUCACUACCCAUCCUCGGCACAAAACUGCGACUUCUCAAGUCAUCACACCCUGCACAUCUUACAGUCAACGCCUAAAGCAAACGAUUUCCGAAACUGCUCCUUUUUUAUUUUCCAAAUCUCUGUUUUCAAAUCCAUAAUCCUCGUCCUCUCCCAUUCCUGGAGUUGGUUCUGAACACGAGGUCUGUACUUCACAAGUUUAGUUCUUGCACAUCUUCCCCAAGAAACCUCAACUCGGUGCUCUUCACGUACGUACUCUCCUUCCUCAAGGUCGGCAACGAGGGGAGCACAUUACCGUGGAGCCAGCUUGUCUCCACCCGGCUCUAUCUGUCUUGGCUCGACUCUCCUGGGAUUUGUUGCAGCACUCUGGCCCGUGGAGUGGUGUCUUUCCUCCCACCCAUCCCCUCAGCUCACGGGGAGGAAACAUUGAUUAACACGCUCCUGCAGCUUCGGUUCGAGCCUCAAGGUCGCCCGAGCGACUUUCUCACCUUCCCUCACAAUUUCCACGAUUCUUACCAUUUAAAACUUUCUUGUGUUGAUAACACAGGAGGAUGAUAAUUUGUUUGCGCAAGAAUUUGUUCUCAGAUUUUUUGGGGGGAUUCCUUUCUUUCCUGUUGGUUGAUACAUUGAUUCAGAAACUCAGAUGACAUACCCUGGCAUCACUCACCAACUUGAAGCUCACCGCUUUCAAAUUCUUUUGCUGUCGUUAAAUAAGUAUGAUUAACAGGAAGAUCUCAAGUCUUACGAUGACUGAUUUGAGGAAAACCAUGUUUACCGCUGAAAAGAAUUAGAUGAUUGACUACAAAAUUCAUUCGCUGCCGCUUUGACAUGAACAUGUUUGACCCUGCGAAAUUAGACUUUUCAAUGAGGCUCUUGGUUGCCAAGAUGAUUUAAAACUGUCUCUGCGUCAGAAACCUCAAUUGUGUAUUAACCGUUGUAUGACCUUUUGAGGGCGCCACACGCCUACUUUUUUCCCACUGGGUCACGUGCAUUGCACCAAGGGGUAAGCAAGCAUUUACCAGGUAAGAGUCUCACCGAAGUAGCAGCUGGAAAAGUUUUGAAUAUGACAGGGUCAGCAGAAUAAAGUGAUGUACUGUACAUACAAUGACAAGAUAAAUCACUUAAUUAAUGUGGCGUGGCUUCUUUUUUUUUGGUACAAACACAUGAUUGGGGUUUGAAAACAAGUUGAUUGGAUCCUUCCUUACAAGGAUUUCUGAUGCGGCUGGAAUGGUGCGAAAUGGUCAUCACCGCUGUAAUUGAAUUUCCCGACUUAAGUGCUUCAAACUCAUCGUGGGACAACUCUUGGCAUUUCAGUCGUCCAGAGAAAAACUUCCUGCUGAUUUCUAAUUUUCUUUUAAUAAGUUGGCCACUGUACGUGGAUAGAGAGCUAAUUUGCACAAUGCGCCAUCACUGAGGGCCAGGAUUUUGUUGCGCAGUAGUACGCAUGAGCAUACCCCCUUGUUCGCCAGACUGCCCUGAAUGAGGAUGCGCAGUGAUAAAGUGCUUGGGUUAAAGCCUUGCUGAUACAGUUGACAAAGAACAGCGUUGCUUUUUAUCCAAGUCCAGAAGCGUACUGAAAUAUGGUUUAUAUAGGAAUCAACAUCGAGCACCAAGAUGUAGCCUUGUUGCAAACGCCGCUGGAUUGCAACUCAUUGCCGAAAGGCUGCACUGUCGAUCCCACACAAGCCGCUGUCACCGUCGAAACCGUGAUUGCGGUUCGUGCAUGACUCGACAUUACUGUAUUUCGGCCGUAAGUGAAACUCCAUUACAAAGAGAAGCGUCUUGCACCAAGACUAGCACAAAAUAUAUGUUGGGGGAGAACUUCGAAUGUCGCGUAGGAUUAGUAACCUUUAAAAGUGCAUUAACAAAAGAACAUAGGCUCAGAUUCGAGUAGUUUCUGUCCGUACUUAGAUCUUUUCAGUAUACUUCCCCCCCCCAAAAAAAUCGAAUUUACACACCCUAAAUCGAAAGUCAGAGUCACCAAACCACUGUGUCUUGCGUCUUUUUUCCUGUCGUGUAUAGAGAACGUUACGACAUGAGUGGUACCAUGGUUUAAAACAGACUGGUAGGUAUUGUGUGUGAGUCCACACGGACAGUUGGUUAUACAGCUGCACGCUUUACUGUGCACAUUAUGAACAGCCAUGUUGUUGCCAAAAUCUGACGCUGACUCAACUCUGCACUGUACAGAUCAGCCGUUAACCCUUUCGCUAGCGCUGCAUGUACCCUUCCUGUACUUAUUCAAGUGAAGGAAUUUGAUAGUUCAACUCACAGUGGGAAUUUACGAUUCUUUCUUGGCUGCCAAAGGGAUAACUCUGCCACGGCAGCAGCCGUUUAUUGUGUCCACAAUUAAUCAAAGCAGAAACUCCAUGUACAUGUACAUCGUAGAAGUAGAGGCUGGCGUAGCCACAGCCACGUGUAUCAUUGUUUCAUACAUGACAUGAGCCUUUAUAUUAACGUAGCCAUUGGCUAAUGACGCACAUGUACGAUCUUAAGCCUAGCCCUUAAGCGAGAUACUAGGUGUCGCUUAUGUUGAGUGACUGAGACUACGUGAUGUUUUUAACCGUCAAUUGUUCACGUACUUCAGUGUAAUUACUUGUAAUUGAUUGAAAUGUAUAUUUUAAGAUCGCAGUAGAUAUACUUUUCACAUAAUUACAUAUGAUCUGCCACUUGUCCAAGAGGCACUAUAUUCAGAUGUAAUAUAUUGACAUGUGACAUACAGUAGCUGAUGAAAAUUUGGCGUCAGUAUAGAUGAAUAUUUUGUCGUCAGGAUUUACUAGAUAAGAUAUACAGAAACAGUAUUCAUAUGAGCCCUCGCGAAAUAUACCCAGUGAUGAAACUUUUUUAUUUGUUUCAGUUUUUAACAGUUGCGCAUAAGAACCAUUUCUUUCUGUAGUUGAUCAAGUUUCUAAGAAAUUUGAAAGUCAAUCUGGCGAAUUGACAUUAAUUUAUGUCGCUUCGCUAUUGGUAUAAAAUAUAACUGAAAUUUUUGGUGGGAAAAAGUAAGUUACCAUAAUAUUACCACAGUGAAUAUAAUUAUGUUUGAUAUGCAGCAUAAGUAACUUUGUUGUAUAAUUUCUUCAAAAAUUUUAAUUUCUAUAUUCUUUCAUGAAACCUACAGAAAACGCAUUUUGACUGUAUGAGUAAAACAUUGUUGAAAUUUCUUUCCAUCCAAAGCGAAGGCCCCGUUGUGGGUCCACAUUGAGCAAAAGAGGGCGCUGUGCAGUCUGAAAUAUUCCGCUGGUGCACGCGUUUUGGGUGCCAGCGCUUUCCAGAGAUUGCGGUUGGAGAAGGAUACCAGCCACUGUGCAGGUAAAGCCAACUUGCAGUAGGUCAGUUAGUUUGUUGAGAACUGUGCAACGAACCUGCGUGGUUAAGUUUGCGCAGUGGAAGAAAAUGUAAAAAAAAAAAUCCCACGCUAAUUUGUAUAUAGUCAUGAACGUGAAUAAAAGUAACGGUGGCGUCAAAUAAA